AUGGAAAACUUUGUUGAUCAUAUUGUAGAUCACACUGAUGCAGAAAGGUAUGUCAUUCUUUGUCGUAAUGAGCUUUGCAUGUUUCGGCUAGCAAUGUCUUACAUGAAGAGAAGUGAUUCAUGGGAAAUAAGUUCUAUGGAUCCACCUCACAAUUGCACCACCACUAAACUUGUACAGGAUCACCGUAAACUAAGCUCUGAAAUAAUAUGUCAAGAUAUUAUGCCUCUUGUUAGUAAAGACCCUUCAGUAUACUUGUGUCCUGAACCAUAUCCGGAGGAGAAUUUGGAGUUUCUUAAAUCACAGAAUAUUCGUCUAUUUCAAUUUGGAAUUGAGGGGAAAACGGAAGUUUCUUUACCUAUUCUCAGUGAUUCUAUUAUGGAGGCUUUGAAAAUUUUACUUGAUGUGAGAAAUCACCCUGUUUUGAUUCAUUGCAAACGAGGAAAGCAUAGAACAGGUUGUGUAGUUGGUUGCUUCAGAAAGAUGCAGAACUGGUGUCUGUCUUUUGUGUUUGAGGAGUACCAACGCUAUGCUGGUGCUAAAUCCAGGACAACGGAUUUAACAUUUAUAGAGAUGUUUGACAUCAUAAAUCUUAGGCAGUGCCUCUACAGCAUCAUCUACCAGUAUCAAGGUGCUUCAAAGAAGCGCAGAUUGAUGUAUCAAGGCGAGACUACGCAGAAGCCACCCCGUUUGACAUCGUUUUAGC